AUGGUGUUUCCUGGUAACUGUGAGCUGCCCCUGGUAUGGGUCCCCUAUUCGGUCCUGCUGCUGCUGGGGACAAGCUGCCAAGACCCAGAGGCCCAGAGCUGCUGCUUCUGGCUUCAGAACAUGCAGAACCUGAAGCAAGAACAGGACGUUUUGCGGCAGGGCCAGGAGCUGCUGGAGCACUGCAAGGCCUGAUUGAGGGAAGCCCAGUGGCAGAAGCUACUUCUGGCUUUUGGUGAGAAUUUUCUAAAAGAUUUAUACUCAGAAUCUGUGACCUCCAGUUAUCUCAGAUUCAAAAAGGUCAGCAUCUGUUUGCAGACUCUGAUUAUGGGGAAGUUUUUUUCAUAGCCAUUGAACAUGGCUAGUUCCUGCAUCACCCAGGAUUGAAAGGAAAGGCCAAGGAAGCAGUAUUUGUGGCAGCAGUGA